AUGCCUGAAGAAGCACCCUACGACCCUUACAUCCCCAGCGGCCAGGCUGCUCCGGGACAGCAAGGCGCUGGAGGCACUGCUAGGACACAAGCGCUGCAAGCUCAAAUCGACGACACUGUCGGUGUCAUGCGGGAGAACAUCAACAAGGUCUCUCAGCGUGGUGAGCGUCUAGAUGCGCUUCAAGACAAGACAGACAACCUGGCUGUGUCGGCCCAAGGCUUCCGCCGUGGUGCCAACAGAGUGCGCAAGCAGAUGUGGUGGAAGGACAUGAAGAUGCGGAUGUGCUUGAUUGCGGGUAUCAUUAUCUUGAUUCUCGUCAUUGUCAUUCCAGCUGUUGUCGCAACCCGCUAG